GUGAAGACUCAGUACAGUAAUAUCUGACCCUGGAACGCUCCGCAGUUUGCAUAGCAGGACCUAUUAGAGCUGCAGGACACUCAGAAACAAGCUCCUUAACAGAAUUUCCCUUGAGCACUGCUAAAUGUUCACACAAAAUUUGCAGCUACCGCUCACCCUUAUACAAGGCAUAUGCCCAUAUACACACUUUCUGGGAAUUUCUUCGAAGUAAUUCUCACUAUCUCACAAUGUACUACAAGCAACAAAAUUUGGUCAUGGAUCAUGGAUCCGCGCAGAGAUUCAUCCAGAUAUUGAGGGACACAUCAACAGUGCAAAAGUCAGAAAAGCUAGAGCACAUGUGUCGAGGACGUCCAAAAGCAGGAAGCUGCAAACUAAACAAAAGCCAAGCACAAAUCACCACUUGUUUUUGGACACCCGAGCCAAAGCUUAUUGCAGCACUGCGUACGCUAAAAUACCCCAGGCGUGACCUGAAACCUUGCCAAGUACCCCACUUGCUGGAGACGUCGCAAAACAAUCCGCAUCAAUGUUGUGAUCAUGUGACAUCCAACAUCCAGGCAGCACCCUUGAGUACACAAGGACGAACUUCAAUCCAUCCACAAAACCUGCUGCCAUGCAACCAGGCGCUGCAGAUAUUUUUCAAGGCUUCUCACCAUUCAACCACAAAAUUGUGACUGCCGUGCUCAGUACAUCUGACUAUGAGUGAUAAAUAUCACCUGUGAAAGCUGCCCUUGCAGGGCAAUAACUCUGGCCGACGAUGUAGUCAACUGACUUGACACAAGCCUUGUACUUGAUGGGACAGCAAUUAUUUUUCAGCAUUCCUGUGAGAAGUAAUUGUGGUGAUGGAUCAGAGUCUAACGUGCAUUGCCUGUCAUCUCUUGCCCUUCAUCCUUGGCUCUACCGUCUCAUGAUCCCCCUGACCAUCACCUUAUCAGGCUGAUGCACACAAGAAGACCGAUCACUCCAUCACUAUUAGCAAUCUCCUUCACACCCACUGUCUGCUGCUUUCCACGAUUAAAUCCCAAAAAGAGAGGCUGCCUCAUGGCAUACUCGGCAAUUUGCAGCCGUGCUACAAAAAAGAGCAAGCUAGAUACAAAAGGUGCAGCCUGUCAAUUAUGCCCCCAGCAUCUCGACCUGGACAUUGUAGGCUACAGUGCUUUGGCAACCCCAGCACGGUCUCGAUAUGCUAGAAAAACAGAAGCAAGAGAUGGCCAAAUUUAAAAUACUACCUCAGUCAUUUUACGGGACACGCGGUGUUUCAG